UGCUAUAUAAAGGGUCACCAGGCAGGAACAUCUAUGCUCUCCCCGCUCUCAUAAUUUCUUCACUCAUCAGCAGCUAUGGCUUCUCUUCUCACUCUGCUGGGAGCUGUGCUCUGCUCCCUGAUGGUUUCUUCUGAAGUCGUACCUCAGGCAGACUUUGAUUUACAGGCGAUGGCAGGACAGUGGUACUUGAUUGGAAUUGCCUCUAAUGCCCAGUGGUUUGUCAAAGGCAAGGACAAAAUGAAGAUGGGCACAACAAUGAUUACCCCAACUGCCGAUGGGGGCAUGGAGCUGUCAUUCUCCGGUCUCAGCCAAAAUAAUACAUGUCGGACAAUGGUAAAUGUGGCCAACAAGACUGAGGUGCCUGGAAAAUUCACAUACAUAAGUCGGUACUGGGGGUAUGUGAGUGACUUGCGUAUGGUUGAUGUGAAAUACGAUGAGUAUGCCCUGAGUUAUUCCUUCAACACCAUGGGAAAUGGAACCUUUGUUGUUGACAGAUUAUAUGGGCGUGAUGUGGAGCUCAGUGAUGAGUUGAAGGAGAAGUUCAGGCAGUUCUCCUUGCAGACUGGCAUCCUGCCUGAAAAUAUUGUCAUCCUUCCCAAAAAUGAGGAGUGUCCACCUGCCUAAUCUUCUGACCCAGUGAUCAUGUCAUGGAUGCUGCCUGAGGACCUUAAAAUCUGUUAUGUAAAUGUAACUGAGCAUUACUUUGAACACUUUUGAAAAUAAAAAAAAGCAAACAUCUAAAA